AUGAAUAAGAAGUUUACUUUUUUCAAUAUUCAAGCCACUAUCUCCAUUCCCGCGAUAUUCUGGAAUCUUCAUAUCCGUCUUGCUCGCGCUACAACUGCCUACCUAGAAUUUCGCAACGCAUCUUUGCAGCAUGUCUGCCAGCCCUUCUUCCACGGCCGGUGGUGGCGACAACAAGCCAUCGGAUCAAAUUCACUUCAAAUUCUGCCCUCCAACCUGCUCUACCCGAAGGAGGACCGAGUCAACAACCAGUUGAUGUUCACGUGCCGUACCUGCCAUGUCGGCGAGCCUGCCUCCUCCCACUGCGUCUAUCAAAACCACCUUCAUAGCCAAGUCGGUGACACUGCUGGUGUUACCCAGGAUGUGACCUCUGAUCCCACGGUUUGUCUUCCUGGUUUUUGUACUCUUUGCGGUGAUAUUAUCACUUGUUCUAUUUGCGGCCCCAACCCCAACGAGUAUCUCCUCGAGGAUGCGCCACCUGUGGGUGACAGCCUGGAGAUCUCUGAAGAUGAGCCCCAGGCCUGUGCCUCCGCUCACUGCGGAGAAACCGAGGCCGUCUUUUUCCAGUCACAACAACGAUCUGCCGAAACCGGAAUGAAACUCUACUACGUCUGUUGUGCCUGCGGUCAAGUCUACAUGUGA